UGGAUGACAUGGUAGGCAAUACUGAACAGGCAAAUAAUUUAUGAUCUUUGGCUAUUUUCACUUUUAAGAUAUUGACCUUCAACUGAGCGAAAUUGUAUUGAUGGAUAUUGGCACCCUGGGGUCCUGCCACAUUAUUUCUAAUAGACUGACUCGCUUCCAUGUACCUAUAAGUAUUUGCCAAACAUGUUUACCAAACCUGUCAAUGUAUUUUAAUAAAUCUAACUAAGUAGCUGUGUCCUGCUGUUGCUGGUGAAGGAAGUGGUGUUUUCUGGAUAUUUUAGCUAGAAUUUAAUUAAGAUGAUACAGUCGUGAUCGCUACAGAUGACGUCGUACUCGGCAGCCAUCUUGAAUAAACAUCACCACAGUAAUAUGAACGAUGACCAGGAGCCUUUGGUUUCUUCGCCACGCUAUACAAUGAAAGUCAGCAUAGAUCCCGGGAAUCUCAAUGUUGUACAUAAAGGAUGCAUCUUCAGUCAUUGUAACAGGAAAAGACUUAUUUUCUGCAUUGGAUUAUUAUUAACAGUGUUAACUCUUACAUGGACCCAAGUUAUAGACCUAUCACUUGUGGUGGACACUGUUUGUCCCGAUAGUUUGUUUUAUCCGAAAAUGUUAACAGAUUCUGAGGGUCGUCAGCACCCUGAGGGUACAGAACACCGCCUCCCCAAAGCUAUAAUCAUUGGGGUGCGUAAAUGUGGCACCCGGGCUCUGCUGGACUUUGUCAAUAUCCAUCCCAAUGUUGUAGCAGCAUCACACGAAGUCCAUUACUUUGAUAAUGCAACAAACUAUGCCAAAGGUAGAGACUGGUACCUUAAUAGGAUGCCUUAUUCCUAUCCAGAAGAAAUCACAAUAGAGAAAUCGCCAGCAUAUUUUAUAACAGACAAAGUACCAGAGCGGAUAUAUAAUUUCAAUUCCAGUGUAAAACUUUUAGUGAUAUUUCGCAAUCCAGUUACAAGAACUAUUUCAGACUAUACACAAAUCUACCAAAAAAGACUGAAACAAAACUUAACGACUGAAAGGUUUGAGCACCUUGUGAUGGAUCCAAUCACAUUGGAGGUUAAUACUAAAUAUAUGGCAGUGCAAAUAAGUAUUUAUCAGAAAUACUUGGAGAAUUACUUCCGUGUGUUCAAUAGGAACCAAAUUCAUAUUGUUGAUGGUGAUAAACUCAUAUCUAACCCAGCCAUGGAAAUUGCCAAAGUUGAAAAGUUUCUUGGUCUGGAACGGUUUGUUACACCAGAUACUUUUUACUUCAAUAAAACUCGGGGAUUUCAUUGUAUUAAGAAAGAUGGCGUUGAAAGAUGCCUUGCUGAAGGAAAAGGCAGGAAGCACCCUAACAUUGACCCUUUUGUAUUACAUAAACUGAAAAAAUUCUUCCAACCGCAUAAUAAAAAGCUUUUCCAAAUGAUAGGUCAGACAUUUGAUUGGGAUUAACGAUGCUUGGUGAAGAGGUUACAUGGAAAGGAUAUCUGUAUUUAUAUUUUACACAAUAUUCAAACACUGGAAUCUGAUGGUGUGUGAUAUGGAUUAAUUGUUACUUUUACAUAACAUUACAUUGGACACCAUGUACAUUAUCGGCCCAUGUCCGACAUUUCAACCAAGUAUAAUCCGUAUCACACACUUUGAUGUUCUAAGUCAUUUUUUUCUAUUGAAAAUAUUUUUAAUGUGCUGUACCAGGUUUGUGCCCAAUAUUGACUAAAUACAUUAAAUUGACUAAUUCAUGUGAAAUAAAGACACCGUUCAAUGUAUUGCCAUAUUUUGCCCUUCUUUGCUUGCUUGAGUGUCAUAUCAUUGAUUAGAA